UGUUGCUAGUCGACUGUGCUUAGGUAGGUUAGGGUUUGUUCGAGAAGAGAAGAAAGAAGAAAGAUAAGCGGACAUAAAUAAAUUAUUGACAGACAGGACUGAGGUGGUUUUGUUUUUCCACGAUUUAUGAACAGAACACGCUAAGUACUAGUAUAUAAUAUACUCCAAUCCAAUCAACUCUGGGCUAAAGAAACACAAUCGACAGAAUCGAAUCGAAGAGUUAGGGUUAAGGAGAAGAAAGAAAUGGGUUCCAGAAAAAGAAUUGCAGGAGCAGGUUUACAGGAUGAUUGCUGGGAAUAUGUGUUAUCCAAACUCCUUAACAACCUCAACGUUGAGAACCGUAAUCAUUACUUAGAGACUCUAUCCCUUGUGUCCAAACAACUACUCGACGUAACAAACCGUUCUGUGCAUUCCGUCACAUUAAUCUACAAUCCAUCAUCCUUCUCUCGUCUCUUCCAAAGGUUCCCAAAUCUUACUUCACUUGACCUCUCGUGCUUCCGCGGUGACACAAACAUUCUUCUCUCUCGAAUCCCCCGUUCUGUUUCCCUCUCCCGUCUCACAUCUCUCAACCUCUCAAACCACCCCACUUUCCCCACGUUAGGAUUGCAAACUAUUCUCAAAAACACUAAAUCAACCUUGACCUCUCUCACUUGUUCCAACAUCGGCUCUCUAUACCAUACUGACAUAUCCUUCAUUGCCGAUUCCUUCCCUUUCCUCCAACAAUUGGAUAUCAGUUACCCUAAAAUAAUCACCAAUGACAGUGACAAUUAUAAUAAUGCUUUGAAGCUUCUCACUCAAAAGCUUUCAAAACUCCGCAAGGUUAAUCUCUCUGGUCAUUUCUACGUUAAUGACUCCACCUUUUUUCUAUUGUGUAUGAACUGUGUGUUUCUACAAGAGUUGGUUAUGUUCCAAUGCCAUUUGCUAUCACAUGAUGGUCUUGCUUCUGCAAUAUGUCAGAGACCAACUUUGAAUUCUUUCUCACUUACAUGCCGUAAGGAUAUUUCUUCAUACUCCAUUGAUUCAUUGCUGAGUUUGAAGAGAUUAACUUGUCUUGAUUUGUCCUUUUCACUCAUCACUGACGAGCUGCUUUGCUUACUAGCACUUGAAGCUCUUCCUUUGAGGAAACUUGUCCUCCGCAAAUGCUUCGGACAUACAAAUGCUGGGAUCUCUUACCUCUUGUCAAGGUGUCGAUCUCUGCAGCAUCUAGAUCUUCAAAAUUUUGAGUCAAAAUAUUUGAAUGUUCAAAGUUUCAUGGACUUGUGUGUAUUUCUUGGUGAUUUGGUGUCUAUAAACCUCAAUGGUUGUGACAAGCUCAACAAUGCAGCCUUAUUUGCACUCCUUAAGAAUUGUCCUUUGCUGACUGAGAUCCACAUGGAGUCAACAAAAAUUGGAAUUGGUUCAAGACCAUCUGCGGUGGAUUUGGUUGUAUACCAUCAAGUGAAGUCUCUCCAUUUGGCUUACAAUUCACAAUUGCAAGAUGAAGACAUCACCAUGUUUUCUUUUAUGUUUCCUAAUAUGCAGCUUCUUGAUUUGAGCUCUUGUGACGACAUAUGUAUUGAGCUCUUGUGAGCUCUUGUGCUCUGUUCGAGUUGAUCCUCCUCAUUCAUAUUUGGCAGGAAAACCUAUUGUAAUUAGAGGGGUUAUUUAUCAGUUGUCGUCAUUUUCGACACGCUGUUUGGUCUCGGCACAAAUCUAUGGAUGGUUCUGUUGGCAUUCAAUCUGGAGCCGGUUGCAUUGUGAGUUUCCAGCUGACUUGUUUGUGAGCUAUUGUUAAAAUCAAAAAAAUUGAUUCUCUAUAGGCCAUCCAUAUUUUAAAGAAAGUACAUUUGUACAUGUUUUAUACCGACUGGUCACAUAGAGAUAAAUCAUAAUUCAAUAGUGUUUGAAACUAAAUUAUUCAUUGCUUGACGCAACCUCAAUUUACAAACCUAAAUUUUAGGUAAAAGUGAAGUUCAAAAUGGAAGUUUAAAAGAA